UGCACAAGUUCACAUUCUUAUCCCUUUGAUAACCUUCCCCGGAGAGAAAAAAAAAAAAAAAAUGGCUAGUCGUCCGAUUACGGUAAUUGUCGCGAUAGCUUUUCUUACCACACUCGCGGUGGGAAGUGCCUCCGCGCAGCUCUCUUCAAACUUCUACUCCAAAAGUUGCCCCAAGGUUUUGAGCACGGUGAAAUCUGUCGUCGCGUCCGCCGUGUCGAAGGAGCGCCGCAUGGGUGCUUCUCUCCUUCGCCUCCACUUUCAUGAUUGCUUCGUCAAUGGGUGCGAUGGCUCGGUACUCCUGGACGACACAUCCUCGUUCCAAGGGGAGAAGACGGCCGGCCCAAAUCUGAAUUCGCUAAGAGGAUUCAACGUGAUCGACCGGAUCAAGUCCAAGGUGGAGUCCGCCUGUCCAGGUGUGGUCUCUUGUGCAGACAUCGUGGCCAUUGCUGCUCGCGAUUCGGUGGUCCUACUGGGCGGGCCAAGUUGGGAAGUGAAACUGGGAAGAAGAGACGCAAGGACCGCGAGCUUGUCGAUCGCCAACAGCGGAGCCCUUCCCCCUCCAACUUCGACGCUCGCCAACCUCAUCUCUACUUUCGCAGCUCAAGGCCUCUCCGUCAGGGACAUGGUUGCCUUGUCUGGGUCUCACACCAUAGGGCAGGCAAGGUGCACGAGCUUCAGAGCUCGCAUAUACAACGACGGCAACAUCGACAGCUCCUUUGCCAAGACUAGGCAGGGCAAGUGUCCCCGCACCGUUGGGUCUGGGGACAACAAUCUGGCUCCUCUCGACCUCCAAUCGCCCACCGCCUUCGACAGCGCCUACUACAAGAACCUGAUCAGCAACAAGGGCCUUCUUCACUCGGACCAGGAGCUCUUCAAUGGCGGAUCCACCGACUCUCUCGUCAAGACGUACUCCAGGAACCCCAAGACCUUCAACUCCGACUUUGCUUCCGCCAUGAUCAAGAUGGGCAACAUCAAACCCCUCACGGGGUCCAAAGGCGAAAUUCGCAAGGUCUGUAGCAAGGUCAAUUAGGAUCGAGUGUGCGAAGUGUGCAAUGCCAACACCCCCAACCAAACGGAUGGGGGAGUAUUUUGUUUCGGAGCAAGUGUAACUUUGAUUUCUGUAGCUAGUCUGCAUUUGAUAUUUCUCGGAUGAAAUAAAACCUUGGACAAUUCAACUUUGUCCUUGUACACCCAUAACA